GGGUUGGGGGCGCUUCUGCUAUUCAGCCGGUGCGCGCGGCGGCGGGAGGCAGCGCCUGGCGGGUGCACUCGACGUUCCGUCCCGGGAGCGUGCCCAGGACCAGCGGCUCAGACCUAGGGCAGCUGCGUAGCAGAGCGGAAGCUGGUGGCACCGGAGUGGCGGCCGGAGUCCGAGCUCCGCGGGCGGGAAGCACCCAGGAUCUGGGAAGCCCCAGGAGCAGCGCGGCGGCGCCUCCCUUACCCGAGGGGCCGCGGCGACGGUCACGGGGCGCGGCGCCACCGCGCGCGACCCAGGCCGGGAUUCCAAACAGGCAGCCCAGCCUCCUCCUCCGCCCGGGCCGCCUCACCUGCGGCCAGCGCCGCGCCGCCUCCGCCGGUGUAGAGGACACCUGCGCCACCUCGCGCGCCGGUCUCCGCCCCCGCCCCCCGGCGCCAGGCCCGGGCGGCGCACCUGGACGCGCGAGGCUGCAGGUGCCGAGGAGCGAGGACGCGGCGUCCUCGCUACCGUCCGGGGAGGACGCAGGUAGAGCGGCGGGAGCGGCUUCGUGGAACCCGGCGCCCGCUGCCGCCGUCGUCCAGGUCGCCGCCGGCUCCCGGGGAGUGGGCCGUCCGAUCCGGGGAGGAGCCGCCGCCGGCCCGGCACCAUGAACAGCAGCAGCGCCAACAUCACCUACGCCAGUCGCAAGCGGCGGAAGCCAGUGCAGAAAACCGUCAAGCCAGUCCCAGCUGAAGGAAUCAAAUCAAAUCCUUCUAAGCGGCAUAGAGACCGACUUAAUACAGAGUUGGACCGUUUGGCGAGCCUUCUGCCUUUCCCACAAGAUGUUAUUAAUAAGCUGGACAAACUGUCCGUUCUUAGGCUCAGCGUCAGUUACCUAAGAGCCAAGAGCUUCUUUGAUGUUGCAUUAAAAUCCUCCCCAGCUGACAGAAAUGGAGUCCAGGAUAACUGUAGAACAAAAUUCAGAGAAGGCCUGACCUUGCAAGAAGGAGAAUUCUUAUUACAGGCUCUGAAUGGCUUUGUGUUGGUUGUCACUACAGAUGCUUUGGUCUUUUAUGCUUCUUCUACUAUACAAGAUUACCUAGGGUUUCAGCAGUCUGAUGUCAUACAUCAGAGUGUGUAUGAACUUAUCCAUACUGAAGACCGAGCUGAAUUUCAGCGUCAGCUACACUGGGCAUUAAACCCUUCACAGCGUAUAGACUCUGGACAAAGAGUUGAUGAAACUAAUGGCCUCCCACAGCCAGCAAUCUAUUAUAACCCAGACCAGCUUCCUCCAGAAAACUCUUCUUUUAUGGAGAGGUGCUUUAUAUGCCGACUGAGGUGUCUGCUGGAUAAUUCAUCUGGUUUUCUGGCAAUGAAUUUCCAAGGGAGGUUAAAGUAUCUUCAUGGACAAAACAAGAAAGGGAAAGAUGGAUCAAUACUUCCACCUCAGUUGGCUUUGUUUGCAAUAGCUACUCCACUUCAGCCACCAUCCAUCCUUGAAAUCCGAACCAAAAAUUUCAUCUUUAGAACCAAACACAAACUAGACUUUUCACCUAUUGGUUGUGAUGCCAAAGGAUCAAUUAUUUUAGGCUAUACGGAAGCAGAGCUGUGCAAGAGAGGAUCAGGAUAUCAGUUUCUUCAUGCUGCUGAUAUGCUUUAUUGCGCCGAGUACCAUCUCCGGAUGAUUAAGACUGGAGAGAGUGGCAUGACAGUGUUCAGACUUCUUACGAAAGACAAUCGAUGGGCCUGGGUCCAAUCUAAUGCACGCUUAGUUUAUAAAAACGGAAGACCAGAUUAUAUCAUUGCAACUCAGAGACCUCUAACAGAUGAAGAAGGAACAGAGCAUUUACGAAAACGAAAUAUGAAGUUGCCUUUUAUGUUUACCACUGGAGAAGCUGUGUUGUAUGAGAUAACCAGCCCUUUUCCUCCCAUGAUGGAUCCCUUACCAAUAAGAAGUAAAAACGGUGCUAGUGGAAGAGAUUCUGCUACCACGUCAACUCUCCAUCCCAGUUCCAUCCUGGGUGCUAUGAUGCAGCAAGACGAGUCUGUUUAUCUUUAUCCUGCUUCAAGUAGUGUACCUUUUGAAAGAAAUGUUUUUAACGAAUCUAUGAAUGACGGCAAUAAUUGGCAAGACAGUAUUGCACCAAUGGGAAAUGAUAAUAUCCUAAAACAUGAGCAAAUUGGUCAGUCUCAGGAAAUAAACCCAAUACUCUCUGAAGGUCAUGCAGGGCUCUUUCAAGAUAAUAAGAAUAGUGACUUGUACAGCAUUAUGAAACACCUAGGCAUUGAUUAUGAAGAUAUCAAAUACAUGCAGCAGAAUGAGGAAUUUUUCAGAACUGACUUUUCUGGUGAGGAUGACUUGAGAGACAUUGACAUAACAGAUGAAAUCCUGACGUACGUCCAAGAUUCUUUAAAUAAGUCUACCUUGGUGUGUUCAGGUUACCAACAGCAACAACCCAUGGCUCUGAACUCAAGCUGUAUGGUACAGGAGCACCUACAGUUAGAACAGCAGCAGCAGCUACAGCACCAUCAAAAGCACUUAGCAGUGGAGCAACAGCAACAGCUGUGUCAGAAAAUAAAGCAUAUGCAAGUUAGUGGCAUGUUUGCAAAUUGGAACUCUAACCAAACCGUGCCUUUUAGUUGUCCUCAACAAGACCUGCAACAGUAUAAUGUCUUUCCAGACUUACCUGGGACCAAUCAAGAGUUUCCCUACAAAUCUGAGAUUGAUACUAUGCCUUAUACACAGAACUUUAUUCCCUGUAAUCAGUCUAUGUUACCACAUUCCGAGGGUACACAGUUAGACUUUCCCAUAGGGAAUUUUGAACCAUCCCCAUACCCUACUACUACUUCUAAUUUAGAAGAUUUUGUCACAUGUUUACAAGUUCCUGAAAACCAAAAGCAUGGACUAAAUCCACAGUCAACCAUAGGAACUCCUCAGACAUGUUAUGCUGGGGCUGUGUCAAUGUACUCAGAUGCAGUGCUCGUGCCUCAGAUGGAGUACAAUCCAACAGUGCCAGGCCCACAGGCAUUUUUAAACAAGUUUCAGAAUGGAGGAGUUUUAAAUGAAACCUAUCCAGCUGAAUUCAGUAACACUCAGAAUACCACACAUCUUCAGCCCCUUCAUCAUCCAUCAGAAGCCAGACCCUUCCCUGAUCUGACAUCCGAUGGAUUCCUGUAAUUCCAAGCCCGAUUUUCACCUUGCUUUUGGUAUUAAAUUAGUUUGCAAAAGAUUACAGAGUAAUAAAACUGUCAGUGUUGGACAUCAGCAAGUUCACGUGGAGGCACUGAUGCAUGUUGCCCACAGUGUUAUUCCAAACCAAAUUUUAAUGUUUUUUGAAAAGGAGUUGAAAACAUAAUAUCAAAAGUACAUAUACUACAGUCGUUAAAAUAGGAAGCGUGCUGCCACAGAGGAGUGAGAUAGCAUCUACCUUUCACGUUCUUCUGAGCACCACACAACAUACAAAACUGAUUCAGGGGAACUUGAAAAUCAGAAAAUUUUCUUUGUGAAAAUUAUUUCUGUCAGACUAAAAAUGAAAUACUUUGAGUUGUCAACUUCUGAAUUCUUAGUCCUCCAAA